CGGGAGGGCCCGCGGGGGCGGAGGCAUGGCGGACGUGUUGAGCGUCGGGGUGAACCUGGAGGCCUUCGCCCAGGCCAUCAGUGCCAUCCAGGCGCUGCGUUCCAGUGUGAGCAGGGUGUUCGACUGCCUGAAAGAUGGCAUGCGGAACAAGGAGACGCUGGAGGGCCGGGAGAAGGCCUUUAUCGCGCACUUCCAGGACAACUUGCACUCGGUCAACCGGGACCUCAAUGAAUUGGAACGUCUGAGCAACUUGGUAGGCAAGCCAUCUGAGAACCAUCCUCUUCAUAACAGUGGGCUGUUAAGUCUGGAUCCCGUGCAGGACAAAACUCCCCUCUAUAGUCAACUCCUGCAAGCAUAUAAAUGGUCCAACAAGUUGCAGUACCAUGCAGGCCUGGCAUCUGGCCUUUUGAAUCAGCAGUCCUUGAAGCGGUCUGCAAACCAGAUGGGAGUGUCUGCCAAGCGUCGACCAAAGGCACAGCCCACCACCCUGGUCCUGCCACCUCAAUAUGUGGACGACGUGAUCAGCCGCAUUGACAGGAUGUUUCCUGAGAUGUCCAUCCACUUAUCCAGGCCCAAUGGGACAUCAGCUAUGCUUCUGGUGACCUUGGGGAAGGUGUUGAGAGUGAUCGUGGUCAUGAGGAGCCUGUUCAUUGACCGAACAAUAGUGAAGGGGUAUAACGAAAACGUCUACACGGAGGACGGCAAGUUGGAUAUAUGGUCGAAAUCCAACUAUCAAGUAUUCCAGAAGGUGACAGACCAUGCCACCACUGCCCUGCUCCACUACCAGCUGCCCCAGAUGCCAGACGUUGUGGUCAGGUCCUUCAUGACCUGGUUAAGAAGCUACAUAAAGCUGUUCCAGGCCCCAUGUCAGCGCUGCGGGAAGUUCCUGCAGGAUGGCCUGCCCCCCACGUGGAGGGACUUCCGAACACUGGAAGCCUUCCAUGACACCUGCCGGCAGUGACCCCACCCACCCAGGCAGCCCUGAGUGACACUGGCCCUGACCCCUUGCUGCCCACUCUCUGUCCAGCUCUGGCUGUCAUGAAGGACCUUCUAGGAGCACCACCGGGGGAGGUCGCCCAGCCUAGACUUGGUAUUCGCUGGCAAUGCGGGUGAGUCCCCCAGUUUGCUGAAGGUGACUGAAUGAGCCCUGUCACACGGGGGACUUUGUUUUGUGCUUGCUAAGUUAUUUUUAUAAGCAAUAAACCUUUUGUACCCAGGCAA